ACAAAGAAAUCCACCGCACUAAUCUUGCCGCUCAAAGAAAACAUGGUUUAACAAAACCAUAGAGAAGACUGCGAUUGCUGGUUUAGAAACUGAUCAUGGAAUUCGCGGAUGGGGACAUUGCCAAGCACAUAUGGGGUUUCUUUCUCCACUUUGACGAAACAGCGCCGGAGGGACCCACAGCGGCAACUAAUUCCAUCACACCCUUGGUACAAACCGACUGUAAACGACAGAAGCAGGAGUGCUGCGCCCUUAUCAGCCCCUCCCGUUCUUCGUCCUCCGGGCUCGACCGCCGUUUGGACUUUCGAUCGAUUCGUUCUCUAAGAAGCGUCAAUAGAUUCUUUCGAAACACCUUUGACGAAUUCUGCGGGUGGUCACGUUGUGCCCUCGCUAUGAAACGGGAGUACUUGUAUCUUGAGAGCAGAAAGUCCUUCGAAUACAAUAAAUACAGUUGGAACCUGAGGCAGCAAGGACCUUCUGCUCCAGGGUGGAGCAGCGCAACCGUCACCAACAGUAAUGGUGAAGGAGUAUGGACGCGAGAAAAACGACUAGAGGCCGCAAGGAUGGUAAGCUUAGCAAUGGAGCAAAAAAAAGCAGCAGUACUAAGGCGUAACCACAUCCUUUGGCUACUAGACCGCGGUCCCUUUACUAUCGAAGAGAAGCGUCUGACUUCUACACAGCUCUGCACUGUUUAAUAACAAUACGAACAAACGAAAUCUACCAACAAACAAAAAGCGAUCGAGCAAGAAUGGUGAAUUCCAAAGAGAAUGAUCAAUGCAACCAAAACAAUUCAUACCAAAAACAUAGCAUAACCUGCAUUAAUAACAAAUAACUGUUGUGUUCAAGCUCCUGCGUGUAUUGACGUCUUCCUUCCGGAGUGAGAAAACUCAGUUUUGGCAUAUUUGUCUCAGCACCUCAAAUAUAACGGAAAAGCUGCCAUGGUCUUGGUGACUUUCAUAAUUCUUUUUCUUUUCAAACAAAAAAUGAAUAAUUAAUUACCAUAAACUAUGAAUUGCAAAGAUUAUUUCCCUACUCUAUCCAGCACAACUCUACUCCACAUGAACAUAUUUAAUCUAUAACCAGUAUUGUUGUAACUGUUGUUCCUGAUGCUGCUGCUCUUGYCCCAAUGUCAUGAAAUCCCAGACUACGCAACGCGAUUCAAUACAGUAGUGUACCAUGCGAUGUAAUGCAAUAUAUUGCACUAGUGCUAUCCCCGAAAGGACGCACUGAUCUCAUCUGCUAUCAUAUCAUACCAUCGCAUCUUAUUUCAUCUCAUCUCACUGCCGUACCCUCCGUAAGAGUUUUGGGUCCAAUGCGCUGCCACCCGCAGCAAGAAUGGCCUCCAGAAAUUGCUGCUGCUCCAUGGCCGACAACAAGUUGUAGUGGUACACCAGUUUGGGGACAGAAAUGGUCGUCAACCGGCAAAAGCUAUUGUAAUGCACCCACGUGUAGAGAGCCAUUAGGAACUGGCAAUCCAAUCGGUCCGUAACGCCGCCGUGUCCCGGAAUCAGCGAGUCAAAGUCUUUGAUGCCGUAGGCCCGCUUAAUAGCCGAUGCCAAGAAUCCACCGAAGGGUGCCACCAACGAGGCGAACAAUCCUAGCCACAGUGCGUGAAUCUGGAUCGGGUAUACGUUUUUGACGACCAACUCGAAAUGGUGAAAAGUCUCUUCGUGAUCAUUGAGAUCGCCAAUGCUACCGCAGGGGGAAAAAGUCGACGCAUCACUAUCCGCACCACCAUUAGACACACAAACAUCAACGAUUCCYGGUAUGAGCUGAACCAGUGAUUUUGGAAGGAUAUCGAAGACCUGACCGGGAAUUAUGCUAUGUGCCUCGACGAAAAUGUGGUGGACGCUGUCGCUGGUGCUGUUGUCGCUCCCGAUGCAAUCCAGCGUGUCCGGAAACAAAUCAAAAUCAUUGAC